GUUAGGGCCAGGAGGACUGGGUGUGGGGCGAGAACAGGGCCUCCGGCUCCGCUCCUCCACUGGCUGCGGCAGGGCUUCUGAGUUCCCCAGUGGAGCCCCUCCUCUGACCAUGGGGGGCACCCUGAGGAAUGUGCAGGCCUGGCAGAGGACGGGAGGGAGGCCCAGAGAGCCCGGGAAGGACUGGCUGGCUGCUUCCUCUCUCCACAGCCCCACCCCCCGGCCUGGGGCCUCUGGGAGCCCUGAGCCUGAGCAGCCAACACACCAGCCCAGCCAGCUGCAAGUCACCAUGGACGCUGAAGGCCUGGCGCUGCUGCUGCCGCCCGUCACCCUGGCAGCCCUGGUGGACAGCUGGCUCCGAGAGGACUGCCCAGGGCUCAACUACGCAGCCUUGGUCAGCGGAGCAGGCCCCUCGCAGGCGGUGCUGUGGGCCAAAUCCCCUGGGGUACUGGCAGGGCGGCCUUUCUUUGAUGCCAUCUUUACCCAACUCAACUGCCAAGUCUCCUGGUUCCUCCCUGAGGGAUCGAAGCUGGUGCCGGUGGCCAGGGUGGCCGAGGUCCGGGGCCCUGCCCACUGCCUGCUGCUGGGGGAACGGGUGGCCCUCAACAUGCUGGCCCGCUGCAGUGGCAUUGCCAGUGCUGCGGCUGCUGCAGUAGAGGCCGCCAGGGGGGCCGGCUGGACCGGGCACGUGGCCGGCACGAGGAAGACCACACCAGGCUUCCGGCUCGUGGAGAAGUAUGGGCUGCUGGUGGGCGGGGCCGCCUCGCACCGCUACGACCUGGGAGGGCUGGUGAUGGUGAAGGACAACCAUGUGGUGGCCGCUGGUGGCGUGGAGAAGGCAGUGCGGGCGGCCCGGCAGGCGGCCGACUUCGCCCUGAAGGUGGAGGUGGAAUGCAGCAGCCUGCAGGAGGCCACGCGGGCAGCCGAGGCGGGCGCUGACCUCGUCCUGCUGGACAACUUCAAGCCGGAGGAGCUGCACCCCACGGCUGCUGCGCUGAAGACCCAGUUCCCGAGUGUGGCCGUGGAAGCCAGCGGGGGCAUCACCCUGGACAACCUCCCCCAGUUCUGCGGGCCGAAUAUAGACGUCAUCUCCAUGGGGAUGCUGACCCAGGCGGCCCCUGCCCUCGAUUUCUCCCUCAAGCUGUUUGCCGAAGAGGUAGCUCCAGUCCCCAAAACCCGCUGGUCCUAAACCCGAAGAGGAUGACACCAGCCAGAGGUUAAUGUGGCUCUUUGGGACCCUCUGGGUCACACAUUUUUAGGGUGAGUGACCGACAGGGCACACUUGGCACUAGCUUGAGCCCAACUCCAGCUCUGCCACCUGCUGCUCCUGUGACCUGGCAGGGCCUUCACCUCUGCUCACCUCAGUUUCCUAACCUGCAAAAUGAGUCUAAUAAAAGAUCAACUACAUGGGGUUUUGAGGUGAUAAUGAGCACAUAGUGAGGGGUCAGCAAAUGUCAGAAGUUACCUGGGAUAGCUGGUCUCAGUGGCUCACGCCUAUAAUCCCAGUGCUUUGGGAGGCCGAGGCGGGUGGAUCAUGAGGUCAGGAGUUCAAGACCAGCCUGGCCAACAUGGUGAAACCCUGUCUCUACUAAAUAUACAAAAAUUAGCCGGGUGUGGUGGCGGCACCUGUAAUCCCAGCUACUCAGGAGCUGAGGGAUGAGAAUCACUCGUACCCAGGAGAUGGAGGUUGCACUGAGCUGAUCGUGCACUCCAGCCUGGGGGACAGAGGGAGACGCUGUCUCCAAAAAAGAAA